GUGAAGAUGGCUUGAAUCAAAAUGAGAUCAAACGAAUAUCACAUAAAAGUGGAAAGGGUCGCAAUAAAAGCCCAGAAUAUUACGAAGAAACCGGCAAAGGCAAAGGAAAAUAUCGUAAAUCUUACCCAAAUGACUUCGGAGAUGAGGGGAUAAAACUUAGUAAAAGAAAAAAUGCGGAAAAAGGAAAAUAUGGUAAUGAAGAUGAUAAGCCGAAAAGAAGCCAAGCGAAAGGAAAGGUUGAAGAAAAUCGCGAUGACAAUGACAAUAAAAAGCGGGGAAGAAAAGGCAGGCAUAUGAAAGAAGAUGAACGCAGCAAAAUUGAAGGCCACGUAAGUGAAAAGCAAGAAAAACGGAUCGCGGGAGAGAGAAAAGAAGGCGAGAUUGGAAAACGAGUUCAGGGUAAGAUAGGUAUGAGCCAUGGCGCUGAUGGUGGAAAUCCUUACGUUGAGGCAUCACAAGCCAAAGAUAAGGGCAAUAAGCCUGAAGGUGCUUCUAAGGAAAGAAGCUAUGAUAAAAGUGGUAUAGAAAAAGAUAAGAAAUUGGACGAGAUUGGUGACGACGACAAAAGUAAAUUAUAUUCUAAGUCAGGCAAGAAAACGCCGGAAAAACCAGGAAAAUCGGACAAAAUUAAAACAAAUAACGAAGAACUUGGAGCCGGGACUGAAACAAAACGGGGAAAAGGAUGGAAAAAAAGUAGCCUUGAAGAUGGAACCAGCAACGUUAACGACAAUGUUAAAUCAGUUGUAGGUGCUAAAUCAGGUAGUCGAAAGAUGGAUGCCAAUGGCAAAGCGGACAGGAAAGACCAAACGCAGAUAGAGCGGAAUUCCCGAUUUAAAGAUAAUCACGUCAUAGGUGGUAGAGACGGUAAGGGCAGUCAUAAAGGUCGUCGAGGUCUAGACAGUCAGGCCGAUGCCACCACCACCACUAAAAACGCGUCUAGCAAAAAGGGUUUGCCUGUAAUAACAAACCUACGGGCAAAAGUACGCAAGGGUUAUGAUAUUAUGCCGAGUGGAAAGAAAUCAAUUGGAAAGGGAAGUAAUCGUUCAAGUGAAUACCAAGAGUUUGGAAUAAAAGCAAGGCUUGGUCAAAGGACAACAAACAAAACGCGAAAGCAAAGACUAUCGAAAAGUAGCAAAGAUCGCAUUAAUGAACGAUAUGGUUCUAAAAGAAAUCGUAUGUCUCGAAGCUCCCGUGGUUUUGGUGGCUACCGAACUCGGCUUCCAAGUCGUUACGAUGAAAUCCGAAUAUGUGAUGUACUUCGUGCUCAUAUGGAGCAGCGUGAACUUUG